AUGCGCCCCGAAGUUGAGCAAGAGCUCUCGCAUACUCUGCUGGUCGAGUUGCUCGCUUAUCAGUUUGCCUCGCCCGUCAGGUGGAUUGAAACUCAAGAUGUCGUCCUCGCUGAGCAACGCACCGAACGUAUCGUCGAAAUUGGUCCCGCAGACACCUUGGGUGGAAUGGCCAGACGUACACUAGCCUCCAAAUAUGAAGCCUACGAUGCUGCCACUUCCGUACAACGUCAAAUUCUUUGCUACAACAAGGAUGCAAAGGAAAUCUAUUAUGAUGUCGACCCUAUUGAGGAGGAACCCGAAGCUGCUCCCGAAUCGGGUGCUGCCUCGACCCCCGCCGCUUCUGCACCGGCUGCUGCUGCUGCCCCUGCUGCUGCCCCUGCUGCUGCCCCUGCUGCUGCCCCUGCUGGACCUGCUGCCGCUGUCGAAGAUGCCCCUGUCACUGCAGUUGAUGUGCUUAGAUCCUUGGUUGCUCAGAAAUUGAAGAAGUCUCUGGCCGAUGUGCCUCUGACCAAAGCUAUUAAAGACCUCGUGGGAGGCAAAUCUACUCUGCAAAAUGAAAUUCUCGGAGAUUUGGGCAAGGAAUUUGGUUCCACACCAGAGAAGCCAGAAGACACCCCGCUGGAUGAGUUGGGUGCCGCGAUGCAGGCUACCUUCAACGGGCAAUUGGGUAAGCAGUCGUCUUCCCUUAUCGCCCGCUUGGUUUCCUCCAAGAUGCCUGGUGGUUUCAAUAUCACUGCCGUUCGCAAGUACUUGGAGACCAGGUGGGGACUGGGUUCCGGCCGCCAGGACAGUGUUCUCCUGCUGGCUCUCACCAUGGAGCCUCCGUCGCGCCUGGGUUCCGAGGCAGAUGCCAAGGCUUAUCUUGAUGAUACCGCCAACAAGUAUGCGGCCAACGCCGGCAUCAAUCUGUCCACCCCGGCCGCCGGUGGUGACAGCGGAGCUAGCAGCGGUGGCAUGCUCAUGGAUCCUGCAGCUAUUGAUGCCUUGACCAAGGACCAGCGUGCCCUCUUCAAGCAACAGCUCGAGAUCAUCGCCCGGUAUCUGAAAAUGGACCUCCGGUCUGGUGACAAGGCUUUCAUCACCUCCCAGGAGACCCAGAAAACGCUCCAGGCGCAGUUGGACUUGUGGCAGACGGAGCACGGCGACUUCUACGCAUCGGGAAUCGAGCCAUCCUUCGACCCGCUCAAGGCCCGUGUGUACGAUUCGUCCUGGAACUGGGCUCGUCAGGAUGCCUUGAGCAUGUACUACGACAUCAUCUUCGGGCGCCUCCAGGUCGUCGACCGCGAGAUCGUCAGUCAGUGCAUUCGCAUCAUGAACCGUUCUAACCCGCUCCUCCUCGACUUUAUGCAGUACCAUAUCGACAACUGCCCCACGGACCGCGGCGAGACCUACCACCUCGCCAAGGAGCUUGGUCAGCAGCUCAUCGAGAACUGCAAGGAGGUUCUUGGCGUGUCUCCCGUCUACAAGGAUGUCGCCAUCCCCACCGCGCCCCAGACCACCAUCGACGCACGCGGGAACAUUGGGUACCAAGAGGUCCCCCGCGCCAGUGCUCGCAAACUAGAGCACUAUGUUAAGCAGAUGGCCGAGGCUGGUCCCAUCUCAGAGUACAGCAACCGCGCCAAGGUUCAGAAUGACCUGCGGAGCGUCUACAAGCUGAUCAAGAAGCAGCAUCGCAUGUCCAAGGCCACCGAGCUUCAAUUCAACGCUCUUUAUAAGGAUGUCCUGCGCGCCCUCAACAUGAACGAACACCAGAUCAUGCCCCAGGAGAAUGGCAGCAGCGGGACGAAGAAGGGCCGCAACGGUAUCAAGCCCCCGCGCGCUGGCAAGGUCGAAACCAUUCCCUUCCUGCACCUCAAGAAGAAGUCGGAGCACGGCUGGGACUACAACAAGAAGCUCACUGGUGUCUACCUCGACGUCCUCGAGUCUGCUGCCCGAGCCGGCCUGUCCUUCGAGGGCAAGAAUGUCCUCAUGACCGGUGCCGGUGCCGGAUCCAUCGGUGCAGAGGUCCUCCAGGGUUUGAUCAGCGGUGGUGCCAAGGUCAUCGUCACCACCAGCCGCUACUCCCGCGAGGUCACCGAGUACUACCAGGGCAUGUACGCUCGCUACGGUGCCCGUGGCUCGCAGCUCGUGGUCGUCCCCUUCAACCAGGGCAGCAAGCAAGAUAUCGAAGCCCUGAUUGAAUACGUCUACGAUACCAAGAAGGGCCUUGGAUGGGACCUGGACUUUGUCAUUCCCUUCGCCGCCAUCCCUGAGAACGGUCGUGAGAUCGACUCCCUCGACUCCAAGUCCGAACUUGCCCACCGCAUCAUGUUGACAAACGUUCUGCGCCUCUUGGGUAGCGUCAAGGCCCAGAAGCAGACCCGUGGUUUCGAGACGCGGCCCGCUCAGGUCAUUCUUCCCUUGUCCCCCAACCACGGCACGUUCGGAAACGAUGGUCUUUACUCCGAAUCCAAACUGGGUCUGGAGACCCUGUUCAAUCGCUGGCACUCGGAGAACUGGAGCAACUACCUCACUAUCUGCGGUGCUGUCAUUGGCUGGACCCGUGGCACUGGCCUGAUGAGCGGUAACAACAUGGUUGCUGAAGGUGUCGAGAAGCUUGGUGUCCGCACCUUUUCCCAGCAAGAGAUGGCUUUCAACUUGCUUGGUCUCAUGGCCCCCGCCGUCGUCAACCUCUGCCAGAUCGACCCAGUGUGGGCUGACCUCAACGGUGGCCUGCAAUUCAUCCCCGAUCUGAAGGCCCUCAUGACCAAGCUCCGUACUGACAUCAUGGAGACCAGUGAUGUCCGCCAGGCCGUCAUCAAGGAGACCGCCAUCGAGAACAAGAUCGUCAACGGCGAGGACAGCGCGGUGCUCUACAAGAAGGUCGUUGCUGAGCCUCGUGCCAACAUCAAAUUCCAAUUCCCCAACCUCCCCGACUGGGAGAAGGAUGUCAAGCCCCUCAACGAGAACCUCAAGGGCAUGGUCAAUCUGGACAAGGUCGUUGUCGUCACCGGUUUCUCUGAAGUCGGACCAUGGGGUAACUCCCGCACCCGGUGGGAGAUGGAGGCUCACGGCAAGUUCUCCCUCGAGGGCUGCGUGGAGAUGGCAUGGAUCAUGGGUCUCAUUCGGCACCACAAUGGCCCGAUCAAGGGUCAAGCGUAUGCUGGAUGGGUUGACGCCAAGACCGGCGACCCCGUCGACGACAAGGACGUAAAGGCCAAGUACGAAAAGCACAUUCUCGAGCAUUCGGGUAUCCGUCUCAUCGAGCCCGAGCUGUUCAAGGGAUAUGACCCCAAACAGAAGCAGUUGCUCCAGGAGAUUGUCAUCGAGCACGACCUCGACCCCUUCGAGGCGUCCAAGGAGACCGCAGAGGAGUUCAAGCGCGAACAUGGUGACAAGGUGGAGAUUUUCGAGCUCGAAUCCGGCGAAUACACAGUGCGUCUCAGGAAGGGCGCUACGCUCCUCAUCCCCAAGGCGCUGCAGUUUGACCGUCUUGUGGCUGGCCAGAUCCCCACUGGCUGGGACGCUAAGCGGUACGGUAUCCCCGACGAUAUCAUCGAGCAGGUUGACCCCGUCACCCUGUUCGUUCUAGUCUGCACAGCCGAGGCGAUGCUGUCGGCCGGUGUCACCGACCCGUACGAGUUCUACAAGUAUGUCCACUUGUCGGAGGUUGGCAACUGCAUUGGUUCCGGUAUUGGUGGUACUCAUGCCUUGCGCGGCAUGUACAAGGACCGCUACCUGGACAAGCCGCUGCAGAAGGACAUUCUCCAGGAGUCGUUCAUCAACACGAUGAGCGCCUGGGUUAACAUGUUGCUUCUGUCGUCGACCGGUCCCAUUAAGACCCCCGUCGGUGCUUGUGCCACGGCCGUCGAGUCCGUUGACAUCGGUUACGAGACCAUCGUCGAAGGCAAGGCCCGUGUCUGCUUCGUCGGUGGUUUUGACGACUUCCAGGAGGAAGGCUCUUACGAAUUCGCCAACAUGAAGGCGACUAGUAACGCCGAAGACGAGUUCGCUCACGGCCGUACCCCGCAGGAGAUGUCGCGUCCCACUACCACCACCCGUGCCGGUUUCAUGGAAUCCCAGGGUUGCGGUAUGCAACUCCUCAUGAGCGGCCAGCUGGCCUUGGACAUGGGUGUCCCCAUCUACGGUGUUCUGGCCUUGACCACGACGGCCACCGACAAGAUUGGACGUUCCGUUCCCGCCCCCGGUCAAGGUGUCCUCACUACUGCCCGUGAGAACCCUGGCAAGUUCCCAUCUCCGCUCCUAGACAUGAAAUACCGUCGCAGACAGGUCGACCUGCGCCGGAAGCAAAUCAAGGAGUGGCAGGAGUCGGAGCUGCUCUACCUGCAGGAAGAGGUGGAUGCCAUGAAGGCCCAGGACUCCGAGUUCGAUACGACCGAAUACAUGCAAGAACGCGCUCGCCACGUCGAACGGGAAGCUGUUCGCCAGGAGAAGGAUGCACAGUUCAGCCUGGGCAACAACUUCUGGAAGCAAGAUUCUCGCAUUGCUCCUCUGCGUGGUGCCCUGGCCACUUGGGGUCUCACCAUCGACGACGUUGGUGUCGCGUCCUUCCACGGUACUUCGACCGUUGCCAAUGACAAGAACGAGUCCGACGUCAUUUGCCAGCAGAUGAAGCACCUCGGCCGCAAGAAAGGCAACGCCCUCAUGGGUAUUUUCCAGAAGUACCUCACGGGUCACCCGAAGGGUGCUGCUGGUGCUUGGAUGUUCAACGGCUGCUUGCAGGUCCUGGACACCGGUCUUGUUCCCGGAAACCGCAACGCCGAUAACGUUGACAAGGCGCUGGAGAAGUUCGACUACAUCGUCUACCCCAGCCGUAGCAUCCAAACGGAUGGUAUCAAGGCCUUCUCCGUCACCUCCUUCGGAUUCGGUCAAAAGGGCGCUCAGGUCAUUGGCAUCCAUCCCAAGUAUCUCUACGCCACCCUUGAUCAGGCCCAGUUCCAGACCUACAAGACCAAGGUUGAAUCCAGACAGAAGAAGGCUUACCGUUACUUCCACAACGGCCUGAUCAACAACAGCAUCUUCGUCGCCAAGAACAAGGCUCCUUACGAGGAUGACAUUCAGAGCCAGGUCUUCCUCAACCCCGAUUAUCGCGUGACGGCCGACAAGAAGACCUCUGAGCUCAAAUUUCCUGCCGUCCCUCCCAAGACUGAGGAUAAGGGAGCUGAGAGCACUCGUCAGGUGGUUGAGUCCCUCGCCAAGGCCAAUGCCGCCGAGAACUCGAAGAUCGGAGUCGAUGUGGAGAGCGUUGAAGCCGUGAACAUCGACAACGAGACUUUCAUUGAGCGCAACUUCACGGCCAGUGAGCAGGAGUACUGUCGCAAGGCCGCAUCGCCACAGGCCUCGUUUGCAGGACGGUGGAGCGCCAAGGAGGCCGUCUUCAAGUCUCUCGGUGUCUCCAGCAGGGGUGCUGGUGCUCCCUUGAAGGACAUUGAGAUCGUAAAUGACACGAACGGGGCACCAGUAGUCAACUUGAACGGUGCUGCGGCCAACGCUGCCAGCCAAGCCGGCGUGAAGAGUGUCAAUGUCAGCAUUAGCCACAGUGACUCUCAGGCCGUUGCGGUUGCAGUUUCCCAGUUCUAA